CUAUUUGUAAAACGUCACAUUUUGGUCACUGCAGAUGAAACGGGACACCGCUUCCUGGUCCAGAUCACCGAAUGGUUAGACUUAAACGCAGAUGGGUUAACAUCCUCGUACUCACGGAAUCAUCUCACUGAAUUCACUUGCUUCUGGAUUUAGAUUGGAAGGUCAUCAUCGAAGAAAUGUCCAGUGAAAACAAAAGCCAAGAGAAAUCUCAAGAGGAUGAAAGUUCCUACUCUUCAAGAGUCAUCAGCAUUGUUUUCCUUGCCCUUCUCUUGGACCUGUUGGGUUUCACCCUGAUUUUACCUCUCUUCCCCUCCAUACUCGACCACUAUGGACAAACAGAAGAUACUGUUUAUCUCUCACUACAAAGCAUCGUAGACUGGUUUAGGGAAGCUGUUGGAGUUCCUAUGGAGACAAAAUAUAAUACUGUCCUAUUUGGAGGUCUAAUCGGAUCCCUGUUCUCCUUGCUGCAGUUCCUGUCAUCCCCUUUAACUGGGGCUCUGUCUGACCAUCAUGGCAGGAAGCCUCUGCUCAUUCUCACCACAUUGGGGUUGAUGUCCUCCUAUGCGGUCUGGGCAGUCUCUCAGAGUUUUGGAAUGUUCCUCCUGUCCAGGGUGAUUGGGGGUGUUUGUAAGGGAAAUGUAAGCCUGUGUACUGCUAUUGUGGCUGAUCUGCCCUGUCCCAAAGCACGGAACAGAGGAAUGGCGAUGAUUGGGAUCGCGUUCUCCCUGGGCUUCACCGUGGGCCCAUUGAUGGGGGCCUACUUCGCCCUCAGCUCCAGUAAGGAGGAAGUGUUCUACCAGGCUCCGGCUCUGCUGGCUCUGGCUUUCAGUGCUGCUGACUUGGUUUUCAUCUGUGUGAAGCUGCCAGAGACUCUGACCAAAGACAGCAAGUGUUCGGCAGUGAGCUCAUGGACCCAGGAAUCUGGGGAUCUCCUCAGUCCAGUGGCCCUGUUUCAUUUCUCUGCUGUCACCAGGACGGAGAGCCCACCCUCCAAAGACAAGAUGCAGAACCUUAAAGUGUUGGGUUUGGUAUAUUUCACCUACCUGUUCCUCUUCUCCGGUCUUGAGUUCACCUUAAGUUUCCUCACUCAUCAACGGUUCCAGUUUACAAGCAUGCAGCAGGGAAAGAUGUUCUUUUUCAUUGGUAUCACCAUGGCAAUGAUUCAAGGAGGCUAUGCCAGAAGGAUCAAACCUGGGAAUCAUAUCAAGAGUGUCCGUUUGGCAGUUAUAUUACUUAUUCCUGCAUUUCUCCUCGUUGGACUGGCAUGGAAUUUGACAAUGCUUUACUCCGGGUUGGUUUUGUACUCCUUUGCUGCAGCCAUUGUUGUCCCUUGUCUUUCCACACUUGUUUCUGACCAUGGUUCAGUCCAUCAGAAAGGCACAGUCAUGGGAAUCUUACGGAGUUUAGGGGCCCUAGCUCGAGCUUUUGGACCAAUCGUAGCAUCCUCAGUGUAUUGGAUAGCUGGAGCAGAGACCUGCUUCAUAAUCAGCUCUGCUGCCUUCAUCAUACCUCUGGCUUUACUGAGAGCAUUAAGAAACCUCAAAGAGGACUGAUGGAGAUGAAGAUUACUUGAGAGAGAUAUUCCGUUCAAAACACUGAUAGCAUAGACAACAAAUGUUAUUACAACGUUUCGAUUAUUUUGGGCUACUGUACGUUUUUACAUUUGCUUGGAAUGCAAGCUAUGGAACGGUGAUACAUUUGUCAGACAAAUUAUGUGUAAGGUGUAGCUUUUUAUUGUGCUGCAUUUUGAUGUUCUUUGCCCCAAAGCCUCAAAAUGUGACACAAAUAUUGAAUGCAAUUGAUCUCCUAUUGAUUAGCAAUAGGGGAAACCCUGUUAUAGGGAGGAGGGAUUUAAUGACAGGGCAAGGUACUUACCUGUGUAUCACGUGCCCAGAUCAUAAAGGGUUGAGUAAUAGUGGAUUUAUAAAAGGUAUUUUGUCUGAUCAGAUACUUUUCUUAAUAUGUUGUAUAUCACCUAGUAUGUUUGUUGGCACUGAUUUAUGGCACUGUUUGUUUAUAAUCUAUUUUAUAUUUUACCCAUGUAAAUAAACAUGCAAAUAUAAGUAA